UUGGUUCUUAUUUCGAUGGUUAAAAUUGCUUCAAAAACAAAGUACGGAUCAACAUCUAGUUCAAUUGUGAAAAUGUCGUCCGAAUUGUCAGACUUUCCCCCAGGCCCUUUGGAUUUUUACCGGAAAAAGGCCUCCUUUGACUGGAAGAAGCUAAAGACUUUCAUUGAUACAGAGGAAGUUGUCAAAUUUGAACGUGAACUUCAUGAAGUGCUCAGAAAUCACCCUGAAUAUCAGAAUGAUUUGCUCAUGCAAACUUUUGAUGAACAAAGACGUACGGCUACCAGACGAGCACUCGCCUACGGCGAUAUUCGGGAACUUUCCAUAGGUACCAUGUUGGAGAAUUUGAAAAGAGCACCUCUUAUGACACGCACGAUGAUGCAGCUAAGCCCUUCAUCGUCUGUGAAAUACUCAGUGGGCAGAGGACUCUUCACCAGUGUUAUUCAGAGCCAUGGAACUGCAAGACACUUCAAAUUCUUGGAACAGGCUGAAGAGGGAGAAAUCCAUGGGUGCUUCUGUUUGACUGAAAUCGGACACGGUACGAACACAAAAGGUAUGAGAACCACAGCAACAUACGACAAAGAAACCCAACAAUUUGUAAUGCAUACGCCGGACUUUGAGGCGGCAAAAUGUUGGGCUGGCGGUUUAGGCCAAAUGGCUUCGUGUGCUGUUGUUUAUGCACAACUAGUUGUGGAUGGUGUCCAGUAUGGGUUGCACACUUUUGUUGUACCCAUUAGAGAUCCCAAGACUUUGUUACCCUAUCCUGGGGUAGUUGUAGGAGACAUGGGUGAAAAAAUUGGGCUGAAUGGCAUCGACAAUGGUUUCUUAAUUUUUAACAAAUAUCGCAUUCCUCGUGAAAAUCUUUUAAACAAAAAUGCCGAUGUAACACCUGAAGGUAAAUACGUGACUCCCUUUAAAAGCGCGAGAGAUAGACACGGGGCUGCCUUGGGUGCACUUUCGAUUGGCCGGGUUAAUAUCACUGGUAUUACUGAAAGUUAUGGUACCAAGGCACUAACAAUUGCUAUUAGAUAUGCAGCGGUGCGAAAACAGUUUGGUCCUGAUGGAGGAGAGGAAGUUCCAAUUUUGGAAUAUCAAUCACAUCAACACAGACUUUUGCCCUAUUUGGCAGCUGCUUAUGUGAUACGUUUAUUCAGCGCAGAGUUAGUUGAAACAACGUAUAAGUUCACUGUGGAUUCUCUUCUGGGGGAAAAUAAAGAAUCAUUGGCUGACUUGGGAAUGGAGAUCCACGUAGUGUCGUCAGCUUGUAAACCGGUAGCUGGAUGGUUGUUCAGAGACGCGAUACAGGAAUGUAGAGAGGCUUGUGGGGGCCAUGGCUACCUCAAAGUGUCUGGAAUCGGUGAUAUUAGAAACGAUAAUGACGCCAAUUGCACCUACGAGGGUGAAAAUCACGUUCUGAUUCAACAGACCACAAACUGGUUGAUUAAACUGUGGCCUGAAAUUGAAAAAGGGACCAAAAUUUCAACACCCUUAAAGUCGGCCAAUUUCCUCUCCAAUGCUUUACAAAUCCUAAAGCAUAAAUUUAGGGCUGGUAGCGUAGAGGAAGUUUGCAGACCUGAAAACAUCUUGGACGCCUAUGAGUGGCUUACUUGUUACCUCUUGAAAGAGACUAAAUCUAAGUUGGACGCUUUGACGGUAAAAGAAGGUGAAUUCUGGGCUAAAAACAACUCGCAAGUUUUCUACGCCAAAAGCGUAGGCAUAGCUUUCAUCCAGCGCUUCUUCCUACAACACAUGUUGAAAGUGAUCAGCGACGCCACUGACGUGAGCAUUAAAAACGUCCUUUUGAGACUGUUCUCCUUGUAUGGUCUCUGGAGCUUAGAAAAGUUCCUUCCAACCUUAUAUGAAGGUGGUUACGUCCAAGGGCCUCAGCCUUCUCGUUUAAUUCAUGAAGCCAUCUUAAAAUUGUGCAGUGAUAUUAAAAAUGACGCUGUAUCGUUGAUAGAUGCGAUUGCGCCUCCUGAUUUUAUUUUGAAUUCGGUGUUGGGAGCGUCGGAUGGACAGGUGUAUCAGCAUCUCCAGUCGGCCAUUUUCCGGUCGCCAUAUUCCAUGAGCAGGCCGAGCUGGUGGACCGACAUAAUCAACUGGAAUGCUAACAGGCAGAGUAAAUUGUGAUAGGGAUGGGUACUGUUCUUGGGUGGAUGGUUUUAUAGGUUGUUAUUUUUUAUAAAUUUUAUUGCUAAAUAAAAGUGUACUUUGAUGUGGUC